CUUGUUCAGUGAUUUCUCUAGCCCAUCAUUAGCUUCUCUAGCUUUUCAAUGUCGAAGGCAAUUGGUUGCAAGUUAUUGUUCUCGAUUGGUUUAAUUGCUCUGCUGCAUUGCGCCCAGGCAGAUGACGAUUUACCGCCAGUAUAUCCUCAACCUAGAAUACUUGGAGGGGCCAAUGCCAAUGAAAGGCAGUUUCCCUAUCAGAUCUCCUUGCAUUGGGGUGGAGCCCAUGUUUGUGGUGGUUCGAUAAUUUCACCAUCCUACAUUGUGACGGCCGCCCAUUGUCUGGCCCGGGGAUAUAUGACCCUCCCACCCUCCUAUAUCAGCAUACGUGCUGGCAGCCGACUGGCUAACAAAGGUGGCCAAUUGCGGCAAGCAGAAUGGACCUACAUUCAUCCCGACUAUAAUCCCUUUGGCAAUGAUAUUGGCGUGGUGAAAUUAUCAAAACCUUUGGAAUUCAAUGAAAAUGUAAGGGCCAUACCCUUGGCAUCUGAGGAUCCACCGACGGGAGCACCCGUUGUCAUAUCCGGCUGGGGUCGUACCAGCAACAAUGGGACCGUGGUCAACCAGUUGCAGUACACCACCCUGACGGCUCUGACUAGCAGCGAUUGUAGACGCCGCCUGGUAGCAAUUCCCGACUCGAUUAUUUGUUUCGAACAUAGCCUUGGACAUGGAGCAUGCCGGGGUGAUUCUGGUGGCCCAGCUGUGUACCAAGAUCAGUUGGUUGGCAUCGCCAAUUCAGUGGUUAGAAAUUGUGGCUCGGCAAAUCCUGACACCUAUACUAGUGCGGCAUACCAUGCGGAAUGGGUGCGGGAGAACACUCAGGGAUGAAAAUUUGAAAUGUCGCCUUUUUGGUAAAAAUAACAAUUUAAAAUAAAGGAAUUUUCCGAAUGGGA